AUGGCGAACAAGUCAGUAUAUUCUGAAAUUUAUACUAUAAAAAUAAAAUUAAAAAGAAUGUUAAUUUUAUUAUUAUUGGGUAUUAUUUGUUUAACCUUGGAAGCUCAAGGUCGUGAUAUAGUUGAAGUUGAACGUUGGGGCUUUGAACACUCCCCAGCUCAAAAUUUCAUUUAUUUUAAAGAAAGCGACAGCGUAUUAAAUCUCGAUCUUAGUGGCAAUGUUUGGAUAUCAAAUAAUGCAGGAAUUGAUUGGGAUUUGAUUUCCGGUGUUCCAAAAAAUACUGCUGCUGCUUUAAUUAAACACACGUUCUCAGAAGACAGAGCUUAUAUUCUUACAAUCGGCAAAACACAUUAUAAAACAUCUGAUAAAGGAAAAAGUUGGCAGGAAUUUACUACACCUAUACCUCCGGCCAAAAAUGUUAAAGUGUUGUCAUUUCAUGCUCAUAGAGAAGAUUAUUUGCUAUUUAGAGGUACUAAAUGUACCAGUUGGAUUGAAUGCACUGAUGUGACUUAUUACACAACAGAUGGAUUUGGCUCAUCCCCAAAAUUACUUCUCGAAAAUACCGACAAUUGCAUAUGGGCUCAUAAUAGUAAAAAAUUUGAUGAGGCACCUGAACAAUCAAUAUUUUGUAUUCGAUAUGAUGUUUAUGGAAGUGGAUCGAUGAGAAAGUUAAGCGAUUAUCGUUUGGUUGAAUCUGAAGAUUUUUUUAAAGAUGAAGAAUCCAUCAAAAUCAUAGAUUUUAAUUCUGGUGGUGACGUCAGAGGCGUUAUAGGUCUUGGAGAAUCUCAAGAAUAUUUGGCUGCAGCUGUAAAAGAUAUUAAUUCUUUCGACAUGAAAUUGUAUGUUUCCGUAGAUGGACAAAAAUGGGCAAGAGCAUUUUUCCCAUUAAAGAAAGGGCCGAAAGAAAAUGCAUAUACUAUACUCGAAUCUCCAUCAAACCAUUUGAUUGUUGAUUUACUUUCAUCCGAAUCCCAUAAUACGGGAACGUUGUAUUUAUCAAAUUCCAAUGGAACUUAUUUUGUUGAUCGUUUGGAACAUACAAAUCGAAACGAUAAAGGUGUGGUAGAUUUUAAAAUUUCACAAAGUGUUGGUGGAAUUUUACUCGCAAAUAUUGUGAGCAACUAUGAGGAAGUUGAUAAAGGAAGUGCAAUAGCAAAAAAAUUACAAUCUAAAAUUUCUUUUGAUGAUGGUGUUACAUGGAAAUUUAUUAAGCCUCCAAAUAAAAAUUUUGGAGGUUCUAAUUUUCCGUGCAUGGAUCGUGGAAGUUGGGAACAAGAAGAAUGUUCGUUACAUUUACAUUCGGUUACAUCCGGCCGCAAUAACGGUCACGUAUUUUCGUCUAACGAAGCUCCAGGUGUUUUAAUGGGUGUUGGAAAUGUAGGACCAUAUCUUUUACCUUAUGAUCAAUGUGAUACUUUUCUUUCUUAUGAUGGAGGAUUAACAUGGAAAGUUGUAAGACUUGGUGCACAUAUGUAUGGAAUUGGACAUUAUGGAACAAUUUUAGUUAUAGUCGACAAUGAACAACCAACAGAUGAUAUUUUAUAUAGUUAUGAUCGUGGUGAAACUUGGAAUAGAAAAUCUUUGGGAGUAAGGAUUGUUGCAAAAUUGCUUACAACAGAUCCCACAUCAAAAAAUUUUCUUCUGUUGGGUUCUGCUGUUCCGAAUCAUGAUACACCUGGCGAUGGAAGCAGUAAUUAUCGACAUUUUAUAUUCAAAUUAGAUUUCUCGAAAUUAUUUGAUAGAGAUUGUAACCGGGAUGAUUUCGAUGAUUGGGUUGCGAAACGGUCCGAAUCUGGCUCUGAUUGUUUUAUGGGUAAAAAGACUACUUAUCAUCGUCGUAAAGUUGAAGCUCGUUGUUUCGUUGUUUCCUCGCAACAACCUUCUCCAGAUAUUGAAAAUUGCGCUUGUACAGAAAAAGAUUUUGAAUGUGAUUUCAAUUACAUUCUUGAUGAAGAUAAGGAGAAGUGCAUACCUUUAUUACCUGAACGUAUUCCUGAAGGAGAAUGUAAGGAUAAAGAUACAUAUGAAGGAAGUUCAGGCUAUCGUAAAAUUCCAGAAAACGAGUGUGAUCCUGAAAAACCAAAUUCAGUAAGACUUGACGAACCUAAAACCAAAAAAUGCUCUGAAGGCCAUUCUGGUCCUCCACUUUACGGAGAAGUUUUACAUAGAACUGCUAAUUUUGAUGUCCUUAAUUACCUUUAUUUCCCUGAAUCUACGAAUUUAAUGAUCCAGACAAUUGAUGGCAAGGUUAAAAGAAGUACAGACGAAGGAAGCACAUGGGAAGACGUCCUUUCUGAAGCCGGAUCGAUUGCUUAUAUGUUCUUACAUGAUCAUGAUAAAACUAAGGCUUAUUUCUUCCCUGAAAAAGCUGAUGAUAAAACUUAUUAUAUGUGGUUCACUACAGAUAGUGGAAAUACUUUUGAUAAAACUGAACUUAAAAAUGAGCCUAAUAAACUUAAUCUUAAAAUGCUUGAUUUUCAUCCAAAGGAAUACGAUUGGUUAUUAUAUAUGGCUGGCACUACAUGUCCUGGAUGUCAUUCAAUCACUUAUUUCUCUUCAGACAAUGGGAAAAGUUGGAAGGAAAUUGAGACUUGGGCAGAUAAAUGUAUUUUUGGGAAGGAUACAGAAUUUUCGGAAACAGAAAAUGAUGCUGUCUUUUGUUCAUCAUACAAAGAUAAAAAUUCGAAAAUAUCUCAAGAUAUAUUAGGUGGUAGAACUUCGGAAGCAAAUCCUUUACAACUUGUUAAAAUGAGAACAGAUGGAGGUUCCAAAAAAGUUUUAUUUAAUGAUGUUGUUAAUUAUUUCGUCUUUAAUGAGUUUAUGGCUGUGGCUACGGAAGAACGAGGGGAAUUGUUACUUCAUAUUUCAGAAGAUGGAAGUAAAUUCUCUAACGCGACCUUCCCACCUGAUAUCAAUGUAAAUCAACAAGCGUAUACUAUCCUCCCAUCUACUACUGGCUCUAUAUUUCUUGAUGUAUACAAAUCUCUAAGACUUGGAUCCGAGUAUGGUUCCUUAUUUAAAUCUAACUCAGAUGGUACAGACUUUAAUAGAAUCCUUGAUAACACGAAUCGCAAUGUUUUCGGAAAUGUGGACUUUGAAAAAGUUCAGGGAUUAGAUGGAAUUAUAUUAGCUAACCAAGUUGUAAAUAUUGAUGAGCUUAAUGAUUAUGUGAAGAAACGAAUUAUCACUAAAAUAAGUUAUGAUGAUGGUUCUCAUUGGAAACGUUUGAGAUUUAAUGGUGGUGAUAGUAGUUGUCAAGAUUGUCAUCUUAAUUUACAUGGUCGUACUGAUAUUCGUGGUCCGGGUAGUAUAUUCAGUGCCCCAUCUGCAGUUGGACUUUUAAUUGGGGUUGGUAACUUUGGACCCCACCUCUUACCAUACAACGAAUGUAAUACAUUUAUGAGUCGCGACGGCGGUAGAAUUUGGAAAGAAAUCCGACGUGGACCAAGUUUAUAUGAAUUUGGCGACCAGGGAACAAUAAUUGUCGUUGUAGACAAUGAGGCUCCUACAGAUCACGUUCGGUACAGUUGGGAUUACGGAGAAAAUUGGGAAAAAUAUACAUUUACCACUUCAACUCCUGUUAGAGUUUCACUUCUUACUACAAAUUCAAAGUCCACGAGCAUGAAGUUCUUGUUAUUAGGAUAUACUGUUCAAACUUCAACACACGAAGCUAGUCCAGUUGUCGUUACACUUGACUUUUCGCAAUUAGAGAAGAGAAAAUGUGAUAAAGAUGAUUAUGAAUUAUGGAAUCCAAUGGAUGAAAACAGUGAUGAUCAUACAUGUCUAUUGGGUGAAGAAAUAAAAUUUUGGCGACGUAAAGCUAACGCAGAAUGUCAUAUUGGAGAAUCUAUACCUAAACCUCCUGAAAGAAAAACAUGUAAAUGUACUAAACAUGAUUUUGAGUGUGCUCAUGGUUAUUGGCGUAAUGAAACGGGACAAUGUGAAUUGAUGGGUCCUGAUCCAGAUCGUCCAGCUAAUUGUAAAGAUAAAUAUCUAGGACAUUCAGGUUAUGUUAAAAUGAAAAAAUCAAAAUGUGAAGGAGGCGAAAAUUUUGAUAAAAAGAUUGAAAAACCUUGUGAUUCAGGAAAUAUUGUUAUUUCUAAGACAAAAGUAUUUGAUCAACGUAUUGCUGAGUAUUUUUACUUCAAUGAAUCAAACACUAUCUUGGCACGGUCAAUGGAUAAUAUUGUAUGGAGAAGUACUGAUGAAGGCUAUACAUGGACAUCGGUUUCCAAAGAAAAAAUAUAUGGUCUCAUACAAAAUCCCCAUUUUAAUAAAUAUGCAUAUCUCAUUACGCUCGGAGAUAGACAUUUGUAUACGUCCGAUUCUGGAGCUACUUUCAACGAAUUUAAAGUUCCAACAAAGCCUAAUCUUCUUCAAAUUCCGAUUCUUAGUUUCCACCUUGAUAAGCCAGAAUAUUUAAUAUACAUAGGCAGUAUAGAUUGCGAAGACGAAUGGUCUCAAACAUGUCAUACUCAAGCAUCUUAUACUUGGAAUAAUGGUAAAGACUGGAAAAGUCUUGACACGUAUGUCAGAGUAUGCCAAUGGGCUCGCAACAAGAAAUUCAAAGUACAUCAAGAUCUUAUCAUUUGCGAGUCGUAUCUUAACAAGGAAGGAUCACAAAAAACAUUUUUCAACAAUCCGCUUAAACUUGUAUCUUCAGAUAACUUUUUUAAAAAUAAAAACACUGCGCCUAUUGAAAACAUUGUUGGAUUUACUAUAUAUGAAGAAUUUAUGAUUGUUGCCGAGCUACUGCCAAGUGGUCAAAGUCUCCGUCUCUUGGUUUCACUCGAUGCUAAAAACUUUGCGGAAGCUCAAUUCCCACCAAAUAUGCUAAUGACUCAAAAUGCUUACACUGUUUUGGAAUCAGCCACUUAUUCUAUUACACUUCACGUUACUACAUCAGCAACAUAUAAAUAUGGCAAUAUCUUGAAAUCAAACGGAAAUGGAACUUUUUAUUCAUUUUCUUUGGGGUAUGCUAAUCGGGAUGAUAAAGGCUUUGUUGAUUUUGAAAAAAUGCAAGGCAUUCAAGGAAUCGCUUUGGCAAAUAUUGUCGGUAAUGUUGAUGAAGUUAAUAUGGGAAAUAAUAAAAAAUUAAAAUCUAAGAUUACAACUAAUGAUGGCGAGAGCUACAUGGAAAUUGGCCCUCUUGAUAAAUGUUCAUUACAUCUGCAUAGUUAUACUGAACGGAGGAAUCCACGUGAUUCUUUUAGUUCCUCUUCUGCUACUGGUUUGAUGAUGGGUGUAGGAAAUGUUGGUGAAUAUCUAACUCCAUACUUGGAAGGAGAUACUUUCUUAACAAGAGAUGCUGGUGCUACAUGGAUUGAAGUUAAGAAGGGUGCUUAUAUGUACGAAUUUGGAAAUCAAGGUGGUAUCAUAGUAUUAGUUGACGAUGAGCAAGCGACAGAUCACAUAUUGUAUUCACUUAAUGAGGGACUCUCAUGGCAAGAAUAUAAAUUUAUUAAAGUCGGUGAACAACCUAUCAGAGUUUUCGAUAUUGAUACUAUGCCAGGUGGACUAAGCAGUAAAUUCAUAUUACGUGGUCUUAAUCCAUCUCGUGGUGGCGAAGAAGUUGUCGUGCACCUCGAUUUUUCACACAUAUUUACAAGAACUUGUAACCUGGAAAAAGAUUUUGAAAAAUGGACACCAAAACAUCAAGAUAAUGAAUGUCUAUUCGGCCAUAAGAUUUCAUAUCUUCGAAAGAUACGUGAAAACGAAUGUUAUAUUGAAGAUAAGCUUAGAUAUAAGAAAGAAAGAGGUGAAAACUGUGAUUGUACAGAUCACGACUUUGAAUGUGAUUAUAAUUACAUGCGUAAUGAGACGGAAGAAUGUGUUUUGGUUCCUGGUGCUCAACCCUUACUCCGUAGUGUUUCUGAACAAUGUGCUGAUGGUGAUGGAUUUUGGUAUGAAUUAUCUGGUUAUCGUAAACUUAAAGCCUCCACUUGUGAGAAUGCACCUCCUAAAUUUGGUAAAAGGCAUCCUUGUCCAGGAAACCAUUCUGUUUUAUUUUGGAUAAUUAUUAUAUUGUCACCUUUCGUUAUAGUUGGAAUUGCGACAAUUUGUUUCAUUAACAAAAGAUAUGGACGAACAGGAGGGCGUAUUCGACUUGGAAGUUCUAUUGAACCUAAUACAAUUAUUGAUAUGUUUUAUCAAAUCAGAAUUCCAAGAUUUAUUUCAAGAUUAUGGUCAAAGAUUCCAUUCCCUGGUCGCAACAAUUAUCAUUAUUCACCUGUUGCCACAGAUGACGGACAUGAUGUUUUAAUGGAUGAUUAUGUACAAGAUAAUGAAACAUUAUAA